ACUGCCAGUGACAGCCAGUGAGAGGGGGGAGGGUGCAGACACUGCAGUGAGCCAGCACUGGCGCCAUCCCCCUUUCUGGCUGGAGACCCAGGAGUGCUGCUGGGGUCGGGCACCGCCUUUGUGACGUCACGGGACCUGACAACCCGCUGGCUGGCGAGGCUGGUCCUGCCGUGACGUCACCGAACUGCAUUGUCUGCGUCACAGCAGCAGGAACAGCCCAACCCGGGGCGAGCGGCCAGUGAGUGAGGCGAACAAUAACCCCGAGCAUCCACUGCAGACCCGGUGUGUGGCCUUCCCUCUCCGCCCGUGUCACAGCCUCCAUGAGCAGCAUGUAAACAAUGCACACCUAGCCCGGCACCGAGCAGCCAGCCAGCCGCCCCACAUCUCAGGGACCGGGGGGAUCGCAGACACAGGGGGCCGCCGCCCGCCCGCAGACAUGGAUUUCCAGCAGCUGGCGGACGUGGCGGACAAGUGGUGCUCCAACACCCCCUUCGACCUGAUCGCCACCGAGGAGACCGAGCGCAGGAUGGAUUUCUACGCCGACCCCGGGGUGUCCUUCUACGUGCUGUGUCCGGACAACGGCUGCGGGGACAGCUUUGUGAGUGAUGGGCCCCUGGGAGCCGGGUGGGGGGAUGAUGGGCCCUUGGGAGCCGGGUGGGGGAUGAUGGGGCCCCUGGGAGCCGGGAAUUCGGGUGUGAUGUGGCCCCUGGGAGCAUAAUGGUGUGAGGUGGUGAUGGUACCAGUACGAGCUGGGUGGGUGUGGUGAGGGGGCCCCUGGGUGCUGAGAGGGUUAAUAUGGCCCUGGGAGCAUGCCAACCGGCCUCCAUUACGUUCACCCACUUUCAUACCCAGUGCCAGUGAGGGAUGACCUCUGGUACCCCCAGCAGCCUGGCAGAGCCUCAUGGGAAUAGUAGUCCAAGCCUGGUGGAGUGCCAGAGAUAGCCCUAUCCGUGCUGGUGGCAGGGAUGGCCACAAAGGCUCGUCUCCAGCUCUUAUAGAACAUCAAAUCUCUGCAUGUUAUGACAGCCAGUAUUGCAGAGCAUUAUGGGAGUUGUAGUUCUUCAAAAGUAGAGCACAUACUCUUUGUUCACCCCUUGGUACUGGCAUCACUAUCAUGUGUUCAUGUGCACUACAGAAAAACGGGGCCCUGUCUUGGUUCCACCCUGCCCUAUAGUUGCCAGUGGUGCCAAGUUGUGAAAUAUUUGUUGAUUUGUAUUUUUACUGUGUUUACAUUAUUUUUUUUAAAAGCUAUAAUUUCUAACUGAGCAAAAAGAGCUAAAAGAACAAAAGGAUCCAUUCUUAAAAUGCACCAAUACACAAUUUGAAAUCCCUUAAAUAUAUUUUUAAUAUUUUGUUUUUACAUCUAAGAUAGUGUUGUUGUUUUCUAAAUUGUUAUCAAUGAACCUAAAAGUGGGUGACAAUGCUAGCUUGUACCCAAGGCAUCAGUAGAAGUCAGCAUAAAACUGGUUAUCCACUUACUUACCCUGAGAUUGAGCUGUACUGAAUUAAUCAAAUUGUAAGCCAAAAUAGCAGAGAUGUAAAAAUAACAGAAUAGGAAUAUUUUAUAUAUUUAUAUAUAUAUAUAUAUAUAUAUAUAUAUAUAUAUAUAUAUAUAUGGCCUAAAAUGUACAUUUUCCUUCUCAGUUUAAUAAAUAAUCGUUAGCAUGACCUGCAAAUAGAUUGAAGCACCUGCAUGCCAACAUGCAUAUCAGCAGUGCGCUAAAGGAAGUCUGAAUAACACAGAAUGCAUAUAUUUAAACCAAUAUUUCCUUUAUGAACAGAAAGGUUUAGAUUAGCGCUUGUGUUAAAUACACACCAUAAAAUAGCAGUAGAAGUGUGGAUUGUGUUUGAAAAUAGUGACACCAAUGUUACCUACAGAUCCCUGGUUGCAUAAUCAGAUUUAUAAAUAGUAGAUUAUAAAUGAUCACGUGCAGCCCUGCAUUAUGGAUUGCUAUUCAUGCAUUAUUAGCAUCCUAUUAUGGAAUGUUAACCUUACAUGCAGUAUAUGUAUACAUGUGGGUGUAGGGCUAGUGUAAAAAUGUAAUUUCAGUCAACACAUUCAUUUGCUAAAGUACAUUAUUUUACAAAACAUCAUAACUACUGUGUGUGCAUGUGGACAUUACAAAUCACAAAGAACCAUAGCCAUGCUAGCCAGUAGUACUGACCCAUCCAGGUUUAUUCAGAUACAGCUUUAUCUUUACGGCAGAGGUAAGCAACUUUCCGUUAGUGCUAUGCUGUUUGCGGUAUUGUGGUGCUGUGUAUAUUUGUGGACUGCCUGUGUAUUUUGUAUGUGACGUUGUGUAUGUUCGUUUGGAUGUUUACAAUGGUGUGUACAUUUUAUACGUACAAAUAUUUAAUAUAAAAAAAGUUAUUAAUAAAGGUUUUCAUAGCCAACUCCAUGUUGGUUACUAUUGGCCAGGGUGGGAGAAUGGAGUCAUUAUGAUACCUGCUGGUCUUGUGGGAGAAGUCUGUGAUCUUACACCUCCGGCAGGUUUAUAUGGUCAGUGAGUCAGAUAUUUCCAUGGUAACCCACAGGAAAGCUCCGAAUCACUAAUAUCUAGCACGCCGUCAUUGGUUGCCAGGUUUUGUGUAUUACUACCUAGUGGUGAGUUGAUAACUGGUUUUCAGAAUACAGACUAAGAGGUGAAUUGGAAUAUAUUUUUGGGGUGGGAGAGGGGGACUUAAAUUGUCAUAAACGAACACUCAAAGCACCAUUACUGCUACCGUCUUCUAUAGUGGUUAUAGUGCCAGGAGUUCCCUGAUACAUUCUAGUCAAUGUCACUAAUGGAGCUAGUCUUCAUGGCUGGAUGCAUAGGUUCCACAUAUUAGGUAGUUUCUCAGGGAAGGUGUGGAUGUUUAUUCCAUUCCCUGACCUGGGCAUGCCAUUCAGUUAUUUAUAUGUCUAGUGAGAAGUAAUGAGAUAUUUGAAAUUUUGCAGUUGUUGCCGGUUGUAAGCCAGAUAUAAGUUAGCGUGCUGCAGCGGUCGGUUUUGGAUUUAAAAAGUUCUGCCCAAGCGUAGCAUGUCAUGCUCUCAGACCUUACUUCCUCGAUUGACAGAUCUGGUGAUUGGAAGGACUAAGGUAAAAUCAUGUGUUACAAGGUCAUGAAUGACCUUUGCCCUGGCAGACCAAUUUAUGGCAUAUACAAAUAUUUCACCAAAUCUUUGCUGCAAUGAUUCAUUUGACACAAGGUGCUCAAUCCACUCAAAAGAGAUGUGGCCGACAGUAUUGGCACCCUUUCACUUUUUAUGAAAAAAAUAGUUUUCUUAGCACUAAGCAAACAUUGACAAAUGUAUUUGUUAUCCACCCUUCCUUAUUUCAAAUAUAAUAGAACAGAAACUUCCAUUUUAAUUUAAGACUUCACAUAUUACUUUAAACAGUAAAACAAAUGAAAAUAGCACAGAAAAAAUAUUGGUGUUCUUAAAGGGACACUAUAGUCACCAGAACAACUACAGCUUAUUGUAUUUGUCCUUGUGAGUAUAAUCAUUCCCUUCAAGCUUUUUGCAGUAAAACUUGAUUUUUUCAGAGAAAAUUGAGUCAUUACAGCCAGUGCUGUAUUUGCCGCAAGGCUAACAAGGCAUUUGCCUUGGGCGGCACUUUCCAGGGGACAGCAAAAAACACCGCCCCCAAAUGCCCAGGCAAAUGCCUUGUUAGCCUCUGGGCUGGUGGCUAGCUGAGCUCCAGGUGGGUGGCCAGGGAGCGCUGAUUUGUGAGCUCUCCCUGCUCAGCAGAGUGAUGCUGGCCAGCAAGGGAGCUGAGCAGGAAGAGCUCACAAAUUAGUGCUCCCUGGCCACCCGCCUGGAGCUCAGCUAGCCGCCUUCCUGCUCAAACAGCCCGACCAGCAGCUCCACUUGAGCCAGGUAAAAAAUCUACCCAGCUCUCCCAAAGGUAGAGAGGCUGGGUGGAUUUCAAUUAAAAUAAAAAAAUAAUCUGUAAAUGUGUUUGGGGGGGGGGAUGUUUCUGUGUGUGUGUGUGUAUGUCUGUGAGGGAGCCUGUGUUUCAGUGAGUGUGUCUGUGUCUGAGUGAUUGUUUGUGUCUGUCAGUGGGUGGUUAUCAGUCAGUGAGUGUGUGUCUGCGUCAUUGUGUGUGUGUGUGUGUGUGUGUGUGUGUGUGUAUGUGUGUCUGUCAGUCAAAGUGUCUGUUACUUUUAACAGGAAGAGGUGUGGCCUUGACAGGAAGGGUGAGGCAAAUUUAUAUUAGGGGUUGCCCGAGUUCCGUCACGCCUAGGGCAGCACAGAUACAAAAUACACCACUGAUUACAGUCUAUCUAUACCUCCACUGGUCACUCCUCAUAUGGCUACUACAGGGGCUUCCUGUGGCAGUACUGCACAGUGUGACUAAAAUUCAGUGUCUCCACCCUCUGCAUGGAGACACUGAACUUUACUCAUAGAGAUGCAUUGAUUCAAUGCAGCUCUAUGAUGAGCUGCUGAUUUGCCAGGGCUGUGCUUUACUUUUGCUGGCUCUGCCCCUGAUCUGCCUCCUUGGCAGUCUCAGCCAAUCCAAUGUGUUCCAAUGUGAAAGUACUGUUAUUGGCUGAAAGAAUCACUUCUGAUGAUGACAGCUAAGCAGGCAGAUCAGGGGCAGAACCAGCAGCAGCAGCAUACCGAAACAAGUUAUAUUUAACUAUAUUUAUGGGGGCAGGUCGGCUAGAUGGUGGUUGUAAUGCUAUAGUGUCAGGAAAACAUGUUUGUGUUCCUUUAUCCCAAUAUUUUAUUGCACAGCAUUUGGAGACAAUAACUGCAAUCAAUCUUACCCAAACAGCACGUGCCUACUCUUCCCAAAUACAGUGUCUGGGUGGAGAAUAGAGGUGGAGGAAGCGAGAGAGUUCUAAUCUUUAUAAUCUUACAGCACUUUUCUUUUGAGUGCCCUGCGGUGAUGCCGGGUCAUGAUGUCAUUUGGGACCCGCCAUCACUAUACAGCAUGCAAGUGAGCAGUGCUGGAAAAGCAGAAGAGUACACAAGUCUCACCCUGGACCUCAGGAGAAAGAUCCUAACUGGACACGAGGGAAAGGCUCCACUCCAGCUCUCUCAAAGGCAGCGAGACUGGGUGGACUGAAAUAAAAAUAACAAAAUAAUAGUUUGUGUCUGUCUGUGUGUGUCAAAUUAGUGGGGGAGUGUGUCUGUCAGUGAGUGUGUAAAUGUGUGUGUGCGAACGCCAGUGUCUUCUAUGUGUAAAUCAGGGCUUGACAAAUUAGCUUGGAAUCUAGGAGCCAGGGAAAUAAAUGCCAAAAAUACAGUUCUUAAAGGGACACUAUAGUCACCAGAACCAGUACAGCUUAAUGUAGUUGUUCUGAAGUCUAUAUCCUGUCCCUGAACACUUUUCAAUGUAAACGCUGACUUUUCAGACAAAAGGCAGUGUUUACUUUGCUGCCUGGUGACACAUCUAGCGACAGUCACUCAGUUGGCCUCUAUAGGUCUUCCUGGGUCAGUGCUUCGCAAUGUGCAGAACCUACAUUAAUGUUCACUAUAUCUCUGAGACACAGUGGCAUUUUGCUGUGCAUGCGCAAUAGUCUCACAAUGCUUUCUUAUGGGGACUCAUUGGAUUGGCUGAGAUCGUCAAGAUUGAUGAUCUCAGCCAUGGAGGUAAGGGCCAGCCGUGGCGUCACCAGCACGGCAUGGAAAAAAAGGUAAGUAAAAAUACCUUUCCCAUGUGAUUGGAGAGAACACACACACAAUCACAAACAGACACACACUCACUUCGUUCAUGCUAUAGGGCAGUGAUGGCAAGCCUAUGGCUCUUGGGCCACAACUGGCACGCAGUGGUGUCUCUGUUGGCAUGCAGGCAUAGGUUCGUCACAUCUUUUUAUAAGCACUCCUCAGAUACACUUAGAAAAUCUUUUAUGCUCCCCCAAUCCUGGGCUAUGACUAUGCUGGGAGUGCGGCUCUCAGCCCUGUACCCACUCGGAUAUGUGUCAGGCAGCUGUAAUUGUUCUGGCGACAAUAUAGUGUCCCUCUAACCCUUAAAAGGGCGGGCGCUAGCAAAGUGCACCUUUACUGUUAACCCAGGGGUCUUAUGUCUGUUUGGGAAUAUAACACUUAAAAAGCAUGUCUGCCACAUUUAACAAUGGAACAUGUCAACCUGAUCUCUUGCUUUCCUGAAAGUCUGUAAAACCUGUAGAUGGCUUGUAACCUGACCAUUUUGACUGCGGCCACUGCAUUCACUAACUAUUUCUAACUGUAAACAUAAGCCAUACUGAAAGGACUUGAUGUGCAAUUAUUAGAAAGUUUAGAACCUGCUUAUCCGUUGAUGGGCUGUCAUUUAUCCUAAAAAGUUUAAAGCCUAAGCAUUGAGUGAAAGUACAUGAAUUUAGCACUCAGACAUUUUAUUCUGAGGAAGAAUGUAAACGAGCCCCUUUCACACUUACUGAAAAAAUUGUGAGCACAAAAACACUGUCUAUGUUUGGCACAGCACCCAAAUAAUUUACUGCUGAGAUGUAUAAUAAUGAACUUCUCUAAAAAUAGUUAUUCUAUAAAUUUGGUUUUUAAUCUUCAUGCUUACUAAGGACUGUUCCCCAUCACAAAUGUUACUCUGCUUCCUUAAUGUUUGCCGUUUUAAAAAUGGCUGCGCAACCAGUUUUUGUAAAGCAGCUGGAAAAGGCAAAUUUGUGGUAAGCAUUUAACCAUUUAAUGGUUUGUGAAGCUGCAAUGCUGCAGUGUAGGUCAGUUAUUUGAUGAUCACUCAAGCAUUUGAUGACAUUAACUACCACUCAGAGCCACUUAUCCCUAGUACCAGCACCUGAUGUUCUCUAACAUUGAACACAAUUACAUUUCAUAUGGCGAUGAUCAAUAUACACACAUCACUAACUCUGUGGCUGAAUAGACUUGUACCCCACAGCCCAACAUCUGCUCCAGUGAUUAAUGACAUUCCUGCUCUACCCGUGUCACCUUCAGUGCUCAUUGACUUUGGAAGUUUUUAUUGCUUUUAAACAUUAACAAAACAGUAAAGACCAUGCUGUUGUUACUGGUUGCUUUUGGUAUAAUUUGAUAAAGUCCUCCUCUGGGUUUCCUGUGUGCUGCCUUUUAUGCCAGUCCUUAGUUUGGAAGUCUUACAUGAGUUGGAUAGAUUAAAGGACCACUAUAGGCACCCAGACCACUUCAGCUUAAUGAAGUGGUCUAGGUGCCAGGUUUAGCUAGGAUUAACCCUUUUUUCUGUAAACAUAGCAGUUUCAGAGAAACUGCUAUGUUUACCUAUGGGUUAAUCCAGCCUCUAGUGGCUGUCUCAUUGACAGCCGCUAGAGGCUCUUCCGCGCUUCUCACUGUGAUUUUCACAAUGAGAAGACGCCAGCGUCCAUAGGAAAGCAUUGAGAAUGCUUUCCUAUGGACUGGCUGAAUGCACGCGCGGCUCUUGCCGCGCAUGCGCAUUCGGCCGGUGACGGAAGAAGAGGGAGGAGAGGUGAGCUCUGGAGAAAGAGAAGUUUAACCCCUUCCUCACCCUAGAGCCCGGUGGGAGGGGGACCCUGAGGGUGGGGGCACCGUCAGGGCACUAUAGUGCCAGGAAAAUGAGUGUUUUCCUGGCACUAUAGUGGUCCUUUAAUGCAUUUAUUCGAAGGUAAUUCACAUGUUCAUGUGUUCUCUUUUCUUCGAAAGACAUGUUUUGAUACUCUUGAGGAAUAUCCUACAGUGAGAGAAAAAAUUAUUUGAUCUCCUGCUGAUUUCGAACGCUUGUCCACUGACCAAGAAAUGAUCCGUCUAUAAUUUUAAUGGUAAGUGUAUUUUAACAGAGAGAGACAGAAUAACAAAAAAAAAAUCCAGAAAAACGCAUGUUAUAAAUUGAUUUGCAUGUCAAUGAGUGAAAUAAGUAUUUGAUCCCUUAUCAAUCGGCAAGAUUUCUGGCUCCCAGGUGUCUUUUUUUAUACAGGUAACGAGCUCUUAAAGGGAGUGCUCCUAAUCUCAGCUCAUUACCUGUUUAAAAGACACCUGUCCACAGAAGCAAUCAAUCCGAUUACAAACCCUCCACCAUGGCCAAGACCAAACAGCUGUCCAAGGCUGGAAUGGGCUACAAUACCAUAUCCAAGCAGCUUGGUGAGAAGGUGACCACAUUAUAUGCAAUUAUUAGAAAAUAUGGAAGAAACACAAAAUAACGGUUAGUCUCCCUCGGUCUGCUGCUCCAUGCAAGAUCUCACCUCGUGGAGUUUCAUUGAUCAUAAGAACGGUAAGGAAUCAGCCCAGAACUACUGCCUAUGCUGCCUAUGACCCCCAAGAACACCAUCCCCACCAUCAAACAUGGAGGUGGAAACAUAAUGCUUUGGGGGUGUUUUUCUGCUAAGGGGACAGGACAGCUGCACCGCAUCAAAGGAACAAUGGACAAGGCCAUGUACCGUCAAAUCUUGGGUGAGAACCUCCUUCCCUCAGCCAGGGCAUUAAAAAAAUGGGUUGUGGAUGGGUAAUCCAGCAUGACAAUGACCCAAAACACACAGCCAAGGCAACAAAGGAGUGGCUCAAGAAGAAGCACAUUAGGGUUCUGGAGUGGCCUAGCCAGUCUCCAGAGCUUAAUCCCGUAGAAAAUCUGUGGAGGGAGCUGAAGGUGCGAGUUGCCAUAUGUCAGCCUCGAAACCUUAAUGACUUGGAGAGGAUCUGCAAAGAGGAGUGGGAACAAAUCCCUUCUGAGAUGUGUGCAAACCUGGUGAACAACUACAAGAAACGUCUGUACUUUGUGAUUGCAAACAAGUACUAAGUCAAAGGGGUAAAAUACUUAUUUCACUCAUUGACAUGCAAAUCAAUUUAUAACUUUUUUGACAUACAUUUUUCAGGAUUUUUUUUUUCUGUUUCUUGUUGUUAAAAUACACCUACCAUUAAAAUUAUAGGCUGAUCAUUUCUUUGUCAGUGGACAAACAUUCAAAAUUGCAGCCCCUCCAGAGUAUUUGGCAAAUUUCAGUAUUUGCUUAUUUGACCCAUACUGAGUCCUCAUGGGUUCUGAGGGUACUUGGUUCUGUUUUUAAAGGGAUACUCUAAGUACCAAAACAACUUUAAACUUAAAGGACCACUAUAGUGCCCUGAGGGUGCCCCCACCCUCAGGGCCCCCCUCCCGCCGGGCUCUAGGGGGUGGAAGGGGUUAAGCUUACCUCUUUCUCCAGAGCCGGGCGGGGAACUCUCCUCCAUAGCGACGUCAUUGGCUGAAUGCGCAUGCGCGGCAAGAGUGCCGCACGUAUUCAGCCAGUCCACAGGAAGGCAUUCUCAAUGCUUUCCUAUGGACGCUGGCGUCUUCUCACUGUGAAAAUCACAGUGAGAAGCGCGAAAGUGCCUCUAGCAGCUGUCAAUGAGACAGCCACUAGAAGCUGGAUUAACCCUAUUAUAAACAUAGCAGUUUCUCUGAAACUGCUAUGUUUACAGCAAAAAGGGUUAAACCUAGCUGGACCUGGCACCCAGACCACUUCAUUAAGCUGAAGUGGUCGGGGUGCCUAUAGUGGUCCUUUAAUGUAGCUGUUUUAGUGUAUAGAUCAGGUAUAGGCAACCUUCGGCACUCCAGAUGUUUGGGUUUGCUUUUCCAGCAUUAUGGGUGUAAAAGCAUUAUGGUGGAUGUAGUCCACAACAUCUGGAGUCCUGAAGGUUGCCUACCCUUGGUAUAGAACAUGUCCCUGCAGUCUCACUGCUCAAUUAUCUGACAUUUAGGGGUUAAAUCAUGUUUGUUUCUGUUUAUGCAGUCCUAGCCACACUUACCGUAGCAGUAACCCACUGCUCCACAAAAAAAAGUUAAAUUUUUAGAGCACAUAGUUUACCUUUUUAGUGUUUACUUUAGAAAUCUCUCUCUCUCUAUCUCCCUCUUCCCCCUCCCCCCCACUUGAACCUUAACACAAGCAGGAGCUUGCUGUAGGCACUAGUAUGCAAUUAACAGUGCAGUAGAUAAGACAUUUUAAAUUAAUUAAACCCACUGGAAAGCAAAACACUUUACACUGGUUUUCAAAAAGUAUUCCUAAGUAACCUAUUUUCUCAUGAUUGGUAGUACACAGUAAUUGUUUGAUUGGUAGACCUGGUAACUAUUUCUGUUUAAAGGAAGGACAACCUGAGACUUUGGGGGGGAGGGUUGUGCUGCCAUCGAAUUCCUGUAACCAUCAUUUUGUGUGUGCUGACAAAUGACUUCCAGUAUGCACAGAACUAACAUCAGCUAGCGCCAAACUGUUGAUCCAGACUAGCUAAUGAUGAUGUCAGAGGUUCUUAGAAUAACUCUUUAACCCCUUCCUGACCUUGGACGUACCAGGCACGUCCGGCAAAAAAAUGUAUGUUAAUAACCUCAGACGUACCUUGUACGUCCGAUAGUAAAUCCCCACUUACCUGAUCACUGGCAAUCUCCCGCUGACGAUCGCGAUCUUGAUCCGGCCCUCACGUGCCAUUUGAUCGCGGGGUCUUCGCGAUCACAUGUCCGGAAUAGCCGGCUCGUGCAGUGCCUGCAGGGGGCCUGCCUGCCUGUUUCAAAGUGAAUAAAAGUUGUUAAACCAUUUAAAAAAAAUAAAUAAAUAAAGGAACUUGGAUUUUAUAUAUAUAUAUAUAUAUAUAUAUAUAUAUAUAUAUAUAUAUAUAUAUAUAUAUAUAUAUAUAUAUAUAUAUAUAUAAUGUGUGUGUAUAUAUAUGUGUAUAUAUAUAUAAUUUCAAAGUACUUUUAUAUACACCUACAUAAAUAAUUAUUUAAAGUAUAUUUUAAUAUUAAUCAUAUAUUUAUUAAAAUACAUGUAGAAUAACAUUAAGUGUGUGUGUGUGUGUGUGUGUAUGUAUAUGUAUAUAUAUAUAUAUCUCUAUAUAUAUAUCUAUAUCUCUUGAAAAGAGAUGCACUCUCUGGUCCUUUAUAAACAAAAUACUAUUUUAAUCCAAAUGUCAGUUUACAUUCAGCUUGAUCAACGUUUCGACCCGUUCAGGUCUUUCUCAAGAUCAAUAUAAGCAUAUACACACAUUCUUUACAUACAUUAAGUAUAAAAGUACUAACCAAUAGUGACUGACUCCCUUAAUCUCUCCGUGUGAACCCGGAAGUGACUAACGGCGGUGACGUGAUGUAAUUAGGGUGUGUUUGUGUGAGGUGCGGUUGCUAGGAAACCAAUAUAUUAUUAUUAUUAAUUAUUAUUGCCAUUUAUAUAGCGGCAACAGAUUCUGUAGCGCUUUACAAUAUUAUGAGAGGGGGGAUGUAACUAUAAAUAGGACAAUAACAAGAAAAAACUUACAGGAACAGUAGGUUGAAGAGGACAUACAAGUAAUUAGACCGUGGGUCUGACUAUCCGUGAUACUAUUCAGGACGGUGUGUUUUAGCUGUGCUUAGAGCAUAUCAAUUAUAUUUGGUGUAGAGUCUCUUAAUAGAGACUUUACACCAUGGUCUAAUUGCUUUUGUUCAGGGAUUCCUGACAGAUAUCAGUAUUACAAUGUAACUUAUGUUAAUUUUGGAAGAAAAGAAAAAAAUGGUUUGGAAAUAGCAAAUUGCUACUUGUACUUAUUGCCCUAUAACUUGCAAAAAAAAAAGCUAAGAACAUGUUACCAUUGGGUAUUUCUAAACUUAGGCCAAAUUUUGAAACUAUUUAGCAUGGGUGUUUUUUGGCGGUUGUAGAUGUGUAACAGAUUUUGGGGGUCAAAGUUAGAAAAGGUGUUGUUUUUGUUGUUGUUUGUUUUUGUUUUUAUAGUUAUAUGAUGAAAAUAAUGGUAUCUUUAAAAAGACCAUUUAAUGGCAAAAAAUAUAUAAUAUUGAACUUGGCAAUAUGGCAGGCCCAGGUAGGUGUAUCAAACCAAUCGAAAACAGCUGACAAAACUGGGGGACUGCGCCCACAGCCGUUUAGCACCAUAGCAACCACAAGAUGUAUGCUCCAUUAAAUCACAAUUCAACAUAAAAGCAUUGUUCUCUAUAGAAGCUUUAAAACCCCUGUAAUUGUUGCCAGUUCAAAGCAAUGUGAAAGGUAGACGCUAAAUUAAAAGAAAAUAAAGUUAGAAGGGAGAAAUGUUUUUAUACAUGAAAAUAGUUGUAUUAAAGGCAGUUGUAUUCAGUAUUUGCAAUGAGAGUAAGUAUUCUCUAAAUAGAAUGUUGAUCUUCCAGCUCUGUCUGGGCCAAAGCAGUGUCACAUGCUGUUUGUGUGUUCAACUUGUCAUUUUUCAAUGCGGUCAUCAUUAGAGGGGCUGUGGUUGUGGGCAACAGAAGUCCAUGCUAAGGGCUAGUGCAGAUCAUUGUGAAAAUUGCAUAUGUAAACCUCGAUAAAUAAAAAAAAUAUAUAUAUAUAUAUAUUCCCCACAUUUUUCUAUUCUUCAGAUUUUUAAAAAUUUUUUUAGAAUCCUAAAAAAAGUUUUAAGCACAUUUUUAUCCUUUCCCUCUCUCUAAACCAUUUUCUGCAUUUUCUUUUCAUUUCUGUUUUUGAACGUUUUACUGUUCUAUAACAAAAGUUGUAAUAGCAAUGCAGGAUUGGGACAAUUAUGGUAUAUUUAUCCGAUUAUCCUAGUCCUCCGUAUGCCCUUAUGGGUUAAAUAUCCCUCUUGCACCCCAUUAUGUGAUCUUUUCUUCCCCCACCAGAUCUUUUUCAUAUCCACUGCCAUCUUUUUACUGCUGGCAGUGAUAAUCAACCCUAGUCCUCUUUAUCCCAUACUCUUCUCUGCUGUCAAAUUGCCCCACAUGCCCGGGAGGCAUACUUACACUUAUUAUUUUUAAUCUUUAGUGUAUAUAUAUAUAUAUAUAUAUAUAUAUAUAUGGAUGUAUAUCUCUAUAAAAGUUGUGCACCCCCUCGGUAUGGUAUAUUGGGGGUACGUGCAGGAUACAAUAUUUUGAGAGGAGCAUGAGCAAUAUAGGGAUGGGUGUAUGUGUGUCAUUAUUCAUAUUAUUUUUUUUAUUCAUGCUAUUGUUAUAUUGUUGUUGUUUUUUUAAUUUCUAUUCUUAUCGACUUAUUUAUAUAAGUGAACUAAUGGUAUUAACAGGUUGCGCCAAUAUAAAAAAAGACUAAUAAAAGAAAUAACUAAAAUAAAAAGAAACAAAAGGUAGGUACUAUGGAAAAGAGGUCAGGAACCUAUGGCACUCAAGGCUGCCAGAGCCAAAUAGGCUCUAGCCUACCAGGAGUCCCAGUUGGACUUCAGAUAUUUGCUAGUGCCACUCUAGCUAUGAUUGCAGUUGGUUAGGGACAACCUUCAGUUAACUUUCUUCCAGCAGCACUUGUGAAGAGCCCACUCUAUUGUAGUAGAGCAGGCCGCAGCAGCUAUCGCAGCUCCUGCCCUUAACCUGUUCCGACUGGACCCCAGGGAAGCCACUUACUGCUAGAUAUACACAUAGUAGCAGAAGAAGCCUCCCCCUCUUAAAAUUUUACAAACAGCCCACACACAAACGCACACAGUUGCACCAAACAGAACACCACUAAUGAUUCAAACAACCCCACAAGAAGCUUCUCACAUGCAAUACCACAAAUAUACCCACCACCAAACACACAAUGUGACAUCAUCCUGACAUAUAAUUCCACAAACGGCUUCCUACACAGGACACAUUCAGAGAUAUAUUCACAAUACUACAAACUACUCCUGAACAUAUACAAUACAACAGCCCACAAAUACAAUGUUACAAAGCAACUGCAACAAGCAUAAUACGGCAACAUACCCACCUCAGUUUUUUAAAAGAUUGACAGGCACACCAAGGGACUUAAAGAUCUUGUUUUGGCACAGUACUACUAAAAGGUUGCCUACCCCUGCUAUAGAGUAUAUAAAAUACAAUAAAAAUAUAGUCCAUAUUGGUGCAACCUGUUGUUUGUACCAUUUGUUCACUUCGUGUUAGGACUUGGAGGGACCCCCAGUUUCAGAGUUUGCUGCCUUUGGUCUACCUGCACUUGAACUUCCAUCACUUUUCCUUUCUAUAUAAGUGCCUAACAAGACUUCCUUCUCCUAUUCUACUCCUUUUAAUUUGUUGUUUUUCCCAUUGUUGAUAAAUAAUGGAUUAGACUCCUAAUAUGCUGAAUAACCGUUCCAAGCACUUAAUUAUUAAUACAUGUAAACCAACCGUUGGAAAACAAGACAUUUUAUGGAAAUUUCUACUGAUUUAUAAUGGUGUGAAUGACAAGACUAGCUUUAGGGAGGUAUCCAUUUUAGCAGUAGCAACUAACACACACAUUUUAUACAUACCCGGCCCAACAGAUGUUGCUGGACUGCAUUGAGAAGCUGGAAGUGCUGGACUUAUGCACCAGUCAAUCAUGUAAAUACCAUGCUGCAUUGACUUCUUAGUGCUUUCUGCUGUAUACAUCCAACAUACAAUGGGAAUUGGAGACAGAAACAUAGCCGCACAGGAGACAGAUACAUAGCAGCACACCUAAAUAGUAUCUGUUCUUCAGGGUUAUUUACUAAAGUGAGAAAUGUCAGCAAUUCAAAGUGUAUUUCAAAUUUAAGGCCAAAAUAAUUGAACUAGAAAAAUCUUUGCUUCUAGUUUGGCUACUUUGGCCUUAAAUUUGAAUUCACUUAGUAUUCCUGACUAUUCUCACUUUAGUGAUUAACCCUGUUGGUGUUUGUUAUUGACAUUGGGUUAAAGGGACACUAUAGUCACCAGAACAACUACAGCUUAAUGUAGUUUUCCUGGUCAGUAUAGCCUAUCCCUGCAGGAUUUUUAAUGCUCCCUGGGAAUAACUCCACUGGCCACUCCUCAGACAGCAUUGGAGGUGCUUCCUGGGGCAGUUACAGGUAGAGAACGGAUCAGCGCUGCGUGAUAUGGUCAAGUAGAGAGCUGCAACCUAUAAUUAUGAGGUUCCCUCUAAAGGCCUCAAAAAGGAAAUGGCAAAAACAAGAGUAAUAGGUUGCACUACAUAAAUAACAAAUGGAAAGGGAUAAAUAUAUCUAAUACUUUAAAACAUAAAUAAAGAGAAAUAUAUAUAAAAAGGAUUUAAUAAAUAUAUAAAGGAUAUAUAUAAAAAGAAUAAUAGUCCAAAUUUUGGUAUAUACUAUUGAUAAGUUCAAAUGAGUGAGUAGUAGUAACAGUACUUGGUAUAUUCCUCUUUCAGGUUCCAAUAAGUCUUUGGAGAUAGAGAGUCCAAUGAAAGACUGGAUCUUCUAGUCUUUAGAAGGGUCUUGAUUCGAAGGUGAACAUGGAAAAUAUAAACCACAAAGACGAUCCAAUAGUGUAGACUGUUUGUUGUAAAAAAAUAAUAAUAGUAGAUAGGUAAUACACUCACCUAUUUUAGAGCAUAGACUCGCUCUAGUGUGUUAGGCGUUCAUUGGCGUUUAUCCCCCACUGGUAGGAUAUAGGUGAAGGUGAUUUCUCGGUUGUAGAAAGGAAAUAAAAACAAAAUAUAGUGCUCACUGAAUAUAAAUGAAAUAAGAUAAAAUAAAAGAAUAAAAAUACUCACAUUUAAAUGAGCAGGAUAGACUGCUCAAUAUAUUCGAAUAGGUGGUAUAAUCCCCACCAAGGAUUCUUGGUCGUGAGUAGACUCCAAGUUAGUGAAUGACCAGGUGACAGGAGAUUUUAAAAAUAAAAUAAAAAGGUAUAUGGCAAGAUUGCUAUAAAAAAGCCACUAUUCCUUUAUUAGUACAAUAAAAAGUAUAUAAAAAUAGCCAAAACGCGUUUCGCCACACAGGGCUUUAUCAACUGGCAAUAUUAAAAAUCAACCUGGUACAUAGAUACUUAUAUAACCUUUGAUAAAACAUGCUUAUUCAAAUUUUGGCGCCAAAAUGACGUCAUCAAUACAAUGUGUAAAAAGCAGAAUCCUAAAAACAUAAAAAUACAGAAUGCAUGAUGUUUGUAAUACAAUAUAUAAAAUAAUGCAUGUUGUUACAAUAUAUGGAAUAAUCCUUGUUGUUGAAUAAAAAAACGAGUAUUAUAAAUUAAAAUAGACGGUAAAAUAAAAAGAAAUAAAAAAAUCAUGUGAUCGCAAAUUAAUGCGAUCACAUGGUGGGCACUAGAGCAAUAUGGGAAAUGUAGUAUCAUAGGGGGAGGCGAAGGGGUAUAGCCACGUGAUCGCGGACCUCCGCGGUCACGUGGUUAACUGCACAAAUCAAACUGAGAGGUAGACGCUCAGACGGAGGUCGGCAGCCAACGGCACGCCUCCGUCUGACGUCAGCAGUGGGGGCGGUACAUACCGCAAAUACUUCUAGUGUGUGUGAUGUUCAGACGGAGGCCGGCAACAAAAGGCACGCCUCCGUCUGACAUCAGCAAAAGGGGCGGCGCCUAAUGCCGAUAUUAAUAAGCCUUAUAAUGCCACAAAAAUAAGUGGCAUGACAGCCAAUAUAAAAAUGUAAAUAAAAAGAAGGGGGAAAAGUCAGAAAGAAAAACAAUUAAAAAAAAGAAAGGCUAAAAAUAAAUGUAAAAGCUGAAUAGCUGGGUAUAUAUUAAUGACCUUAUAGUGUCAAAUAUCCCUAAAGUACUUAGACUCAAUAUAAGAUAAAAAAAAAAAAAAAAAAAAAAAAAAAAAAAAAAAAAAAAAAAAAAAAAAAAAAAAAAAAAAAAAAAAAAAAAAAAAAAAAAAAAAAAAAAGGGAAGUAAAGGAAAAUAAAUAGAAGAUAAAAUGUGUGAUAUAUUAUAAAAAGUUAAAAAGGUCAAAUUCAACAUUUAAACCAUCAGGAAAAAGAGUCUUAAGAGUAAAGACCCAGUACAUUUCCCUUUUGCCUAAAGUUUUUAUCAUAUCUCCACCUCUCCAUGGGAGAGUAACUUGUUCAAUACCAGUUACUUUUAAAAGUGUUGGGUCUUUGUUAUGUAUUAAAAAAUGCUUGGAAACUGAAUGAUUUUCAUAACCUCUCCUAAUGUUGCGGCAGUGUUCUGCCAAUCUCACUUUGAGGCAUCUCUUAGUCAUGCCCACAUAUUGGAGUCUACAUGGGCAUUCCAAUAAAUAUAUGACAUUUUUAGUAUUACAGCCUAUAUAUUCUUUAAUUGUGUAGGAGGUUUUAGUAAUAUUAGAGGCAAACUGGAUGGUUUUAGAGUUUGUGAUUCCUUUAGUGGUUCUGCACACAAUACAUUUAUUACACUUAAAACAACCUUUGGGUCUAGAUAGAAAAGUUUUGUUUUGUUGUACAUUUUCUCUUGUAUAGUUUUUUGUGAGGAUGGUUCUGAAAUUAGGGGCCCCUCUAAACACGACAUUAGGUCUCUCUGGGAUGUGGUCUUUUAAAAGGUCAUCUUGUUUAAGAAUAUGCCAAUGUUUAUUUAAAAUUUUCUUUAAGGUUUUAUUUUUAUUGUUAAAAUCCAAGAUAAUGGGUAGUUGGGGGGGUCUUCUUUUUUUGCUUUAUAUACGGGAAGCUCCUUUCUUUCUUUCGUUUUGACUGUUUCUAAGGCUGUAUUUAACUUAUCUGCCUCAUAAUUUUUGUCUAAAAACAUAUUUUUCAAUGAGGUAGAUUGAGUGUUAAAAUCAGUUGUUAGGGAACAGUUUCGGUGGAGAUGGAGAAAUUGACUUUUUGGAAUGCCAUCCAACCACGGUCUAUGAUGACAACUGGUUUGGUCGAUAAUCGUAUUAGUGCAAACUUCUUUAAAGAAAGUCUUAGUUUGAAUACGUCCAUCUUGAAUAAAAAUAUUUAAAUCUAAAAAAUUGACUGACGUGUUGCUAAAAUCUGAAGAUAAAACUAUACCUCUAUCAUUGACAUUUAAAAAGUCUAGGAACAGCUUAAGUGAAGUUUCCGAGCCUUGCCAGAUAAAAAAUAGGUCAUCUAUAUAGCGAAAAUAGGAAACCAGGUUUGCCCGCCAGCUAUGUUCCCCCCAGACCGCCGUUGUUUCCCAAUCGGCCAUGAAGAGGUUUGCAUAGCUAGGGGCAAACCUAGUUCCCAUAGCUGUACCUUUCUUUUGAAUAUAAAAUGAAUCUAAAAACCAAAAAUAAUUGUUGGUAAGGAUAAUUUCUAUACCUUGUAUAAUGAAAUCUAUUUGGGAAUCUGGGAUAGAACUGUUUUGUUUUAAAAUCCUUUCUACUGAUUGGCAACCAAUAUCGUGAGGAAUUAUGGUGUACAAUGAUUGCACAUCGCAUGUUACCAAUAUAUAAUCAUGGUGCCAGUUAAAAUCACUUUAAAAAGAUAAAAGAGUCAUAGAGUCUUUCAAAUAUGAUCUGGUUUGUUUGACCAAAGGUUGUAAUAAAAUAUCAAUAUACUCGGAAAGAUUAGAUAGGACAGAAUUAAUACCCGAUACAAUUGGUCUCCCUGGAGGGUUUUCUGCAUUCUUAUGGAUUUUCGGGAGAAAAUAGAUCACUGGGAUUUUAGGAUAGGGGAUGGUGAGGUAGUCAAAUUCGUAUUUAUUUAAAAUUCCCAUAUCUAAUCCUUUUCUUAAAAAUACACUUAAAAUUUCUUUGACCUUAGAAGUGGGGUCAUACAAUAAUUUAUCAUAUACCUCAGGGUCAUUAAGUUGGCGAUUAGCUUCAUUUCUAUACAUAGAUUGGGACUGAAUGACUAAACCCCCACCUUUAUCGGCGGGUUUAAUAAUGAUUUCAUCAUCUUUUUGGAUUUCCUUUAGAGCUUUCCAUUCCUUCUGUGUGAGGUUUUGAUGGUCAUAUUUAGUAUGUGUUUCAUUUUUUCAAAAUCUUUGAGGACUAAUUUUUCAAAGACUUCUAUGGAGCCUGAUUUGAAAUUGGAAGGAUAAAAUCUAGAGGGAUUUUUUAAAGGAGUGUGAGUAAUAAGACGUUCGGUGGUUGUGUCAGAAUCAGGGAUUUGUAGUAUUGAGCUUGAUUCUGUUGGGGUAUUGCUAUUUUGGGCAAAGAAUCUUUUUAUUGUUGCCUUUCUCAUAAACUUAUUAAUAUCCAAAAAUGCUUGGAAAGGUUUAAACGGAUUUGUAGGAGCAUAUUUAAGACCUUUGCUUAAAACUAGAAUCUGGGUAGAUGUUAAGACUUUAUGUGAAAUAUUAAAAAUACCUAAUUUUUUCUCAUCUAUAUUUAUUGUGGUCUCUCCUUCCUUUCUCUUUUGUAAUCUUCUACCUCCUCUCCUUCCUCUAAACUUAAACUUAUUUUCCUUGUUCUGGGUAAAUAUGGGGUUUGUGUAUGAGGUAGGUUCUGUGUGCGGAUGUCUAAAAAAUUCUCUUCAAUCUCUGAAUCAAUAGAUAAUAAUUGAUAUCUAUUGUUGUGAGUAAAAUUGGGUGGUGACUUGGGGAGAUCUGAGUGUUUGUGGCCAAACCUAGAUCUCUGUGGUCUGGGUGUUAAGGGUUGAGUGUAGCUGGAUCUAUUGGUAGUUGUGUAUUGGGGAAAAUUUUGAUAGUCUGGUGAUCUGUGGUAUUUUUUAGAAAAAUAAGUAGAUGUCUUGUGAUUAUGUGAUGCCCUUUGUCUAUUUGGUGAUGCACAAUGUUUAACACUGACGCUGAGCUUUCCUCAUAGAGAUGCAUUGGUUCAAUGCAUCUCUAUGAGGAGAUGCUGAUUGGCUUGGUGGUGUUUGGCCCCGCCCUGCCUACUUGGCUGAGAUUGUCAAUUCUGAUUAUCAGCCAAGGAGGCGGGACAGGGGCAGAGUCAGAACCGACAAACCCACGCAGCACUGGAAAUAUAAUAAGAUUUAUUUUUAUUUAAGGGGUGGCAGGGAUCCUACAUGUGUUUUUUAAUACAAACGGGUCAGGCAUACAUGUUUGUGUUCCUGACCCUAUAGUGUUCCUUUAAUGUCAGUUUUUCAGCUUUUUAGCAGCCUUCAUGAACAAUAUAAAUGUAGAAAUUUCCUAAUGCUAUCAUGAGAAGUGGCACACAUGUGCUCACAUUAAAGUAAAUGCAAGCACUUGGGGACUUACUGUAUUUGCUUUCAGUGCUUUUAAGAGGAAAGUAUUAAAAUUGAUUGCUUUCAUACAUGCGAAUGCUUUGUGCUACUCUAGUACAUUUGUAUGGAAGACUUCUGGUUGGCUGAAAUAUUUUCAGGCACUUUCUUAUUGCUGAGAGUGGUUAUUUGUUGAUUUAAAAAAAAAAAAGAAUCUGUUUCUCAUAUUAUUUUUUAAUUGAUCGUCUACGUGUACAUUGAAAUCACCAACUUGUUGGCAAAUAUAUAAAAUCAAAUGUGUGCACAAAAAUGUCAUAUACCUAACAGCCCUAUUUGUGAAUGUUUAAACAUUGCCAUUGUGGUGGUUUUCUGGAAAGGUCCAUUGUCAGUGAGUGUUAGUCAGGCUCUGUCCAUGACCUAUUUCUGAUCUAACCGGGCACAGCGAAUCUGUCUGGAAACACAAAACCUGCAUACUGGCAGCUGUGUGUUGUGGUUGCCUGAUGCAAACAGAAGUUGCUGCAGUAUCAGAUCUGAUUCUUUCCCUGAAAACGAUGGCCUUACACAUUUUGUUUUAUUAUUAUGGCUUAUAAUAAAAGCUUAUUAUCUGUUCUGAUGCAGAGAUGAAUAUCUUUGUUCACAAUACAUUCUAGAUAAAGACUGUAAUAAAAAAAGCAAAUGUCAUUCUACGGUUAGUGUAAUUAGCCAGCCAUAAUUAUGUGUCAACAGCGGGGUAUUCUUUGUAUUUAGUGCACAUGUAGGCAGAAGUAAUGACAGUCCUAUAGCUAUAAAUAAGUUUGCCCCAAUGUAUUAUUAUUAAAAUACAUGAUCGCAAAAAACAAGAAAAGAAAUUGGUAAACCGCACUUGAAUUCUGAAUUAGUCAGAAGAUCUUUAAUUUUGUUUAUGAUCUCUAAUCCUAUAUCACGCAUAGCUGGUUUUGGAAAGGGACACUAAAACAUAAUAACCUAUGGGUUUGCAUAGGUUAUGGAUCACAGGGAUUCUUCCCCCAGGCUGUCAAAGUUCUUGUAUGACAUGCUGUAUCAAGCCAAGUGCAUGCUAUUCAUAUCAUUUCCUAAUUUGAAACUCCUUCACAAUUUGCCAUAAGAGAACAUUGGCCAUACAGCUGCAACAUAGAAAGGUGCUGUCAGUCAAAUGAUAUCAGCUUAGGCAACGGUUUCAUCCUUGGAAUGGGACUGAUGCUGAGUGCUGAAUCCUUUAAGUCUUUGCUGGGCAGAGGUGUAUUAGAUAAACACAGCUUCCACUAAAAACAAUGCUAAAGCUCCUUCCAGGUUUGUCAGUUUUACUGCAGGAAGCAGUUGUUGCCUGAGUCCACUAACAAACGAUCCAUCCCCAGACCACCCACCAAAACCUGAAGCCACGUGCACACAGUGGCACUUGAAUAAAUCUGUUUAUCUAUGCACACAAAUAAACGAGUUGGCACAUUUAUUAGACAUUCUCAAAAGCACAUACAUAACUAGCAACUUAAACACACAUUUAUAUGUAUUCAUACACAAAUACAUAUUUGGUCCAUGACACGCAUCUAUUCAAAUGUCUUGCACAAACAUAUUUAAAGGGACAGUGUAGUCACCAAAACAACUUUUAUAAAUCAUGUUCCUGCAAUCCCACAGCUCAAUACUCUGUCAUUUAGGAGUUUAAUCAUUUUGUUUAUGCAGCCCUAGUCACCUCCCUGCAUGUGACUUACACAGCUGUCCUAGACACGUCCUGUAAAGUCAGAUCUAAUGUUUAUUUUUCCUUUCAGUCUUUUAAAUCUAGAAUGUAUCUCCUGCUCUGUUCAUAGCUUGUUAGGCCUUACAAGAGCCUCCUGUGUGUAAUUAAAGUUCAAUUUAGGAGAAAUAAAUGUCUAAAACAAGUUAACAUCUGAUGGAAAAUUAAACAAUUUUUAUUUUUCAUGCGUCUGUGUGAGUCACAGACAGAGGAGAUGUAUCUAGGGCUAGAUGGACACAAUCAAAAGUGAUUUAACUUCUAAAUGGCAGAGAAUUGAGCAGUGAGAUUUGAGAGGCAUGAUCUAUACACAAAAACUGCUUCAUUAAGCUAAAGUUGUUUUGGUGACUAUAGUGUUCCGUUAACCAUUUAUGUACACAAAUACAUACAUGCAUAACUAACAACACCCAAACCUAUACAUUGAUAGAUAUUCACAAAGACAAUUGCAUCGAAAUAGUGAUAUAGUGAUGCACUCACUUCAAUGUGUUCAUACAUGCAAACUUAGAUUGUUAAUGGUGAAAAGGGAGUUGGGCAGAGGUCUGCUGACCUAGUGAAAAUUGAGUGGGAGCGAUGUGCACUUGAUAGCACAGCCUACUUUGUUUGCUCCACAUUAAACAGGCAGCAUAUGCCUGGGUAUGACUUGAUUUCUUGGCACCAGCUGCCUGUAAAUGUAAAACCACUAGCCACGUUGACCUCUCUGGGCGCUGAGCAGAAUGUUGACAGCUGACUGCUCAGCACCCGGUUAUAAGACUUGUGAAAUUCAGGAAGACUGGUGGUUGAAGGCACUGGUAUCCCUGUGUGCUGGACUUCAUGCAGUUAUUGAGCUAUUGGCAUGUGUUCCCAUCCUAGUUAAAAGGCAGGGGAAGUACUGGGCAGCUAGCACAGAAAAGCAGGCGCUUCAAUCUUAGAGGGUUCCACACUGACGGAAAAAACAAUUAUGGUGGAAACAGGCCAUUCCUUGUGACAGGGUACUAUGGACCAAUGGGGGUACUUAAGGCAGGUUCUGGCAUUUUCUAGCUAAUGCAUUAACGUAUUUGGGCUCAGCUGCAGCCUGGAGUGUCCCAUUUAAAAAUAUACUUUAUGCUUGAGGCACAUUCUAGAAACACCUCUAAGAAGUUUGUGAUUCCUGAAGCCAUUACUAUGAAUUGACACUUGUUAGAUCACAGCUGUCAUUUUCACACAUUAUAGUUUCGCCUACACACUGUCGAAGUAUAGAAAUGCUAAACCAAAACACAAGCAUACAUCUAAUCCUGACAUGUUUUGUGCUGUCUUUACUUACAGCAUGUGUGGAGUGAAAGUGAGGACUGCUUACCUUUCCUGCAGCUAGCCCAGGACUACAUAUCUUCGUGUGGGAAGAAGACCCUUCAUGAAAUACUGGAAAAAGUCUUCAAGUCUUUCAGGCCUGUAAGUGUGUGUGUGUGUGUCUCUCUCUCUCUCUCUCAUCUAUGUCUUAAUUAUCGUUAACAAAGAGAAUAUCAUGCAAAGGAUGAGCAUUUCUCACAAUGUUUUUUGGGGAUCCCCACUUUUCUAUUCCUAAUAUAUCAGAUAUAAAACGCAAAUUACAUUUAGAAACCUACUUAUUAACUUUUUUUCCAAUAUGUAUUGUGUAUAUAGACGCAGUAAAAAACAAACAUUUAAAAAAAAAAAAAAAGUAAAUUCCUUAAAUAUACGCAUAUCAGUGAUUAUAGUAACAUUGUUAAAAGCUAUUUCAACAAUUUCUAUUACACAAUUUCAACAAUAACAAUGAUACUGUUGCAAAGACCGUAAAAUGCUUUCUGAUGUCAAACAUUCAUAUAUAAUUUUAUAUAUAUAUAUAUAUAUAUAUAUAUAUAUAUAUAUAUAUAUAAUCUCUAUAUCUCAAAAAAUAAAGGGAACACAAAAAUAACACAUCCUAGAUCUGAAUUAAUUAAAUAUUCUUCUGAAAUACUUUGUUCUUUACAUAGUUGAAUGUGCUGACAACAAAAUCACACAAAAAUUAAAAAAUGGAAAUCUAAUUUUUCAACCCAUGGAGGUCUGGAUUUGGAGUCACACUCAAAAUUAAAGUGGAAAAACACAAUACAGGCUGAUCUAACUUUGAUGUAAUGUCCUUAAAACAAGUCAAAAUGAGGCUCAGGUGUGUGUGUGUGUGUGUGUGUGUGUCCUCCACGUGCCUGUAUGACCUCCCUACAACACCUAUGCAUGCUCCUGAUGAGGUGGCGGAUGGUCUCCUGAGGGAUCUCCUCCCAGACUUGGACUAAAGCAUCUGCCAACUCCUGGACAGUCUGUGGUGGAAGGAGCAAGACAUGAUGUCCCAGAUGUGCUCAAUUGGAUUCAGGUCUGGGGAACGGGCGGGCCAGUCCAUAGCAUCAAUACUACGUCUUGCAGGAACUGCUGACACACUCCAGCCACAUGAGGUCUAGCAUUGUCUUGCAUUAGAAGGAACCCAGGGCCAACCGCACCAGCAUAUGGUCUCACAAGGGGUCUGAGGAUCUCAUCUCGGUGCUGACUCACUACCAAACCGGUCAUGCUGGAGGAUGUUGCAGGCAGCAGAACGUUCUCCACGGCGUCUCCAGACUCUGUCACGUCUAUCACAUGUGCUCAGUGUGAACCUGUUUUUAUCUGUGAAGAGCACAUGGCGCCAGUGGCGAAUUUGCCAAUCUUGGUGUUCUGUGGCAAAUGCCAAAUGUCCUGCACGGUGUUGGGCUGUAAGCACAGCCCCCACCUGUGGACGUCGGGCCCUCAUACCACCCUCAUGGAGUCUGUUUCUGACUGUUUGAGCAGACACAUGCACAUUUGUGGCCUGCUGGAGGUCAUUUUGCAGGGCUCUGGCAGUGUUCCUCCUUGCACAAAGACUGAGGUAGCGGUCCUGCUGCUGGGUUGCUGCCCUCCUACGGCCUCCUCCAUGUCUCCUGAUGUACUGGCCUGUCUCCUGGUAGCGCCUACAUGCUCUGGACCCAACGCUGACAGACACAGCAAACCUUCUUGCCACAGCUCGCAUUGAUGUGCCAUCCUGGAUGAGCUGCACUACCUGAGCCACUUGUGUUGGUUGUAGACUCUGUCUCAUGCUACCACUAGAGAAAGCACCGCCAGCAUUCAAAAGUGACCAAAACAUCAGCCAGGAUGAAUAGGAACUGAGAAGUGGUCUGUGGUCACCACCUGCAGAACCACUUCUUUAUUGGGGGUGUCUUGCUAAUUGCCUAUAAUUUCCACCUGUUUUCUAUCCCAUUUGCACAACAGCACGUGAAAUUGAUUGUCACUCAGUGUUGCUUCCUAAGUGGACAGUUUGAUUUCACAGAAGUGGGAUUGACUUGGAGUUACAUUGUGCUGUUUAAGUGUUCCCUUAAUUUUUUUUUGAGCAGUGUAUAUAUCUAUCAAUGGGAAAGAAGGGAAAUAUAUGGGGAGGGGAGAUUGGGCGGCAACGGGAUAAUGGUAGAGUAGGAACUAUAGGUUGAUCAUCCUUCCUCUACUGCCAGAGGGAGUGAAGUGUAGAAAUCCCAUCUUAAAAAUAUUAUACUAACUAUUAAACAGAAUAAUAUCUGCAUGUCUCUAUACUCCCAUAAAUCCUGGAAGAGGAAGGAGUGUUAAUACCAAAAAUACAGGGAAUAGCGAAGCAGUCUGUUACAUUGAUAAUGGUAACUGUGUCCCACCAAGCUGUGCUCGAACGUAUGUAUUGUUCAUUGGAAAGAGGAAUUCAAUAAAAAUGAAAAUCCAGCGCACUCGCUUAUCUACUAAACAGUCAUUUUGGUGCUGAACAACUUUCAGUUUUAUUAAAAACACCUAACCUAGGCAAAAAAAUAUAAUGGGGGUUUAGUUACAGUAUAUGAUCAUACAUUGCAUAAGCCUGCCACAACGCCAAUGUACCCCAUCUUUGGCAGGUCCUACUCUGCUAAAGAGGAAUUCAAUGUCAAAUAAUCCUUCCAAAUUUGGACAAAGUGUUUAUCCGUAAGUUCUUUAUUAUUCAAAGUAUGGGGCAAAUCCAUACUGAAUAAAUUAUCUAAUAUGGUCCAAAAGAGUGGUAAGGAGGGAGACAGAUUUAUUUUUGUAGGAUAGCGGUGGCUGGGAACAGCACCUAACAUCAAGAAUUCAGAGUUGAGGGGAAUUAGUAAACAUAUAAUGGUGGACCUCCUUCCAGAAUAUUUUUAAUAUCAGGACAUCCCCAAAAGCAAUGAUACACGUCUGCAGUGUCAGCUGGACAUUUAAAAUAUUUUGUGGUAGGUUUUCUACUCAUGGCAUACAAUCUAACCGAAGUGUAAUACACAUAAUGAAGCCUUUUUAAUACUCAUUUCCCGGUAGGAUACCAUUGCUGAUUGCUUUAUUAAAAAUGUAUGUGCUCUUAGAAUGUCAUCGUUUGUAAGUAUCAGAAAAGUGAUAAGCCAUAGGGAGAGAUCAGUUUUAACCUUUCUCGGUCAGCUGUAUAUCUUAACUUAGAGUAUAUUGUAGAUGUUAUAUAGAUAGUGUUGGAUGUGAUGGGGAGAUGAUCAAAUGAAUUAUUCUAGUCCAUGUCAGUAAAAUCUUGUAAUGUUUGGGAAACAUAGGAUUAAAGAUUGAGGUAAGCAUUUGAAAUGGUGAUAGAAAAAUUGGUUUAUUUCGGCAUGAAUUGGCCAUGCAAGCCAAAGGUCUACUGGACUCCCCCCCCACCCAAGCAAAAGAAAUGUUGAGUUUGGUGGUCUCAUUUAGCUGGUGCUUUAAGAGCAGCAAAAUCAUCUACAAGACAUUUUGUGUUGAGGAACGCCAGGAGGUUGGUUUUGGAAGGAGAGAUUGUUCACUAAGUAGGAAGGAAAUCUCAAAUGUGGAUCUCAAAUGUGGAGUGUACUACUGUAGGUUAGGAGUUUGAAGAGUUAUAGUGACCAGGGCAUGGUCAGAAAUUGCCAUGUGUUUAUAAAAUGAAAUUUCAUACUCCCUCAUUCAUUGCCUCCAUGCAUUUAAUAUAUUGCAGGUUUUUUUUGUUUGUUUUUUAAAGUGGCUCUGUCAACUCUCCCUCUCCCCAUCCAAUAAGAAGAUUUCGUAAAGAUAAAAUCUUUAUGAAAUGCUCACUUUGAUUGUGUUGGAAUUUCACUGAAAUUUCACACAGUCAAAAGAUAUACUCCCGUAUAUUCCCUAAGCUUGACAAAAGGCAGUCAAGUCUUAUCAUUUCCCCAGCUGUAACUAGUGAUGGCAGUAGGGAAAAGGGCAUUGUCUAUAAAUGCUUCCAAAUAAAGGAAGCAUUUAACUUCCAUGCAGACAUUAUCAACAGUCUCCAGUGAAAUUUGUAGCUACCUUUUCACACACACACCCACCCACAUUGCAUUGUUGCUGUGGAAUUGUUAAACCUGAUGUGUGCUACUGCAGUGAAAAGAAAAAUCGUAUUCCGCUACAUUUGAAGAAUAUCACUAUUCCACACAUGCAUGGAUUUGCCAUAUGUUUUAGAAGUUACAGUGCCAAAAUUAGGAACAUACCCACUUAAAUGAUUAAGCUUGCAAUUUUGACAAAUUGCUGUGCUAGACCCAUGACCCAUGUUCAGAAAAGUAGUGAAAACAUGUAAAAGGUAAGGAGUCACCAGUGGAAUAUGUCUGCUGGUCCCACAGGUUUUAUUGGUGAUUGUAACAAAAACAAAUAUGAGAACUCUGAGAAACCAAGCAGUCACUCAGGUAUUUACUGUUUUUACUCACUUGUGCCAUGAGAAAGAGAACCUAUCUAAUUUGCAUAUCAGACUGAUCAUGCCCAGUCCAGAUCAGAAAUGCUGUCAAGUUCCCUCUGCACAAGAGAUAUAGCAAACCCAAAUAACCGUUUCGGACUUUUUUGGGCCUAGUCAGCAACGUGUAGCUGAUACCCCUGUAGGCACAGUAAGCACGAAGUCCACGUCUGUAUUAACUUACGUAAAUGCAUUGCAACAAAAACAAAGAAUAUAAGCACUCUGAGAACAGGCAAAAUCUCAGAGAGUCCUCGGUAGUUUGCCCAUCGGUUAAGCCUAACAUUUUUUAGAACAAAAAUCUUUUUCAGUUUCUCAUUUGGGGUAGUUUAGCAAGCCUCUAUUUGUAACAACUCAAAUGUAUUAGAUAUAUAUCUACCUAUCUAACACAUACAUCAGUAGCAUUUUCUUGUGGGGGGACUAUAGUCUUUAUCAAUUUUUUAUUUUUUAAUAUUAACAUUUUGUAAACUGCUUUUAUUUAUACCUCGGACUACAAACCAUUUAGCCCCCAUCCCCCUUGCCUCCCUGAAAUCUUACUUGUAUUCAAGUCUGAAGCUGCUGCCUCUCCCCCUGGACUGCCUCUUGUGUGCUGACAUCCUCAGAAGGAGGCAGUUCAGGACAGUGCCAGCACAAGUCAAACACCGCUCUGGCCAAUCAGCAUCUCCUCAUAUCGAUGAAUUGAAUCCAUGUAUCUCUAUGAGGAAAGUUCAGUGUCUGCAUGCAGAGGGUGGAGACACUGAAUGGCAGUUCUGCUUACUCUACAGCACUUCUCAAGGAAGCAGCUUUAGCAGCCAAUUGAGGGGUUGCCAGUGGAGUUGACACUAGGCUGUAAUGUAAACACUGCAUUUUCUCUUAAAAGACCGUGUUUACAGCAAAAAGCCUGAUGGUAAUGAUUCUACUCACCAGAACAAAUUCAAUAAGCUGUAGUUGUUCUGGUGACUAUAGUGUCCCAUUUUAAUUACAAACAUUCAGGUACACAGAAUGGCACUCAUACAGAUACACAUGCAGACAUAUAGUGCCUGCACCACAUUGCAGGCGGACAGCCAGGCGGGCCCCCUGGAGUGACUGGCACCGUUGCAGCUAUGACAGCGUUAGGUAUGCCACUGAUCAGUACUGCUGUCUGAUCUGCUUCAUCACUGUUUAUUACAGUGAUCAAGAGGUAAACGUUAAUUUCUCAGAGUUAAUGCUUUUUCUCUGAGUGGGUUUUGGGAGCUUAGGGGUAGGCUUGUUGUGUUACAUUGAGUUUAAUCUUUGCAGGACUAACUGUAUGAAGAUGUUGAUCAUUCCCUAUUGAGAUGCAAUUACUCCAGUGUAUUUUUUAUUACCAGAUGCUGAUUGGUGCAGCACAACAAUUGCCAUGCAUGUACUAACUAAUCCCCCCUCCAUGUUGUGAAGCAUUGGAUUGGCUUAGAUCAUCCGUAAUGAUGAUGAUGAUUUCAGCUGGGGAGGAGCGGCAGUCUGGCGCAAAUGAUGCACAGGGGACGUAAAUAAGUUAAACUAUUUUAUUUAAAGGGACACUAUAGUCACCAGAACAACUACAGCUUAUCGUAUUUGUUCUUGUGAGUCUAAUCAUUUCAUUAAGGAUUUUUUCAGUAAACACUGUCUUUUCAGAGAAAAUGCAGUGUUUACAUUACAGCCUAGGGAUAUCUCCACUGGCCACUCCUCAUAUGGCUACUAGAGGUGCUUCCUGGGACAGUGCAGCACUGCCAUUCAGGGUCUCCACCCUCUGCAUGGAGACACUGAACUUUCCUCAUAGAUAGGCACUGAUUCAAGGCAUCUCUAUUAUGAGCUGCUGAUUGACCAGGGCUCUGUUUUCCUUGUUCUAGCUCUGCCUGUGAUCUGCCUCCUUGACAGGUUCAGCCAAUCCUAUGGGAAAGCAUUGUGAUUGGCUCAGGGAAUCACUUAUGAUUAUGUCAGCCAAGCAGGCUGCUGCAGACUUCAACAAAAGUGAGAUUUUACUAUAUUUAGGGGACUAAAGGGGGGAGGGGGGAAUGGGGAGAGAGCAGGGGAGCUACAUGGUGGUUUUAACACUAAGCACGUCUGUUUGUAUUCCUGACCCUAUAGUGUUCCUUUAACAGGGUUUUUGUCCUUCCCAGCUUCCUCUGUUUAUUAAUCUGGUCUAUCCAAUAAGUAUGAAUAUCUUCAGUUACCAUGCACCCUGCUAGUAAGGGUCUAACCAACUUUAGUUUUCUCCCUUUCCCUGGCAUGGCCUGAUGUGGCGUUUCUGCCUAAAACAUUUACUUGCCAAUAUAACCCACAUUUUCUUUUUGGACUCUGACUUCCCAAUGCCUUUUUUUUCUUCUCUACUGACCUCUGAACACACAAUGCUAUAUUUUACAUCUCCUCAGGAACAUUAACUGGCUAUUUUAUAUGUACCUGACUCACAAGUUCAAUGUAAACAUCAGGAAAUGGCUUAUAAAAUCUUAGCAAGAUGAUCUAGAACUCCCAACGUUUUACAUCUUAUUUCCCUGACACAGAACUAGCGUACAGCUCAAGUAGCCUGCGAGCACCAAAACCACUACAAUGCUCUUUGUGAUGGUGCUUAGAAUGUCCCUUUAAAGCAUUAAAGAUGAUGGUGUUUUAUGUAAAUCACGCAGAUUCUUACAGCCCCAUUGAUAGAGGGAAACUAAUCAAACCAUAUUUUUUUGUUCGAAUAUACUACUUUGAAACCUUUACAACUUAUGAGGCCAUAUUUCUCAAGUCCGAACUGAAUCAAGUCUGAAAUUACUGUAUUUGAAAUAAUCAGAAACUUUGACUUUUCCUUUAACCCUUUAAGGACACAUGACAUGUGUGACAUGUCAUGAUUCCCUUUUAUUUCAGAAGUUUGGUCCUUAAGGGGUUAAAGUGUCCUUAAUAUCUGGUUUUACGUGCUGCCUCUUAUGCAUUUUGCUGCUCCAAGAAGCAUUGUCUUUACUGUAAAACACUGGUUUUCAGGGGCAAUAAAAAAUGUACACAUUUCACCACUUUCUCGAAUAUUUUUGAUGUCUUCUAAAUGAUUUAUAAAAUACAUAAAUUGAAUAUUAGUUGCUUUUCUGCUUCAUCGAUAAUUUUACUUGGAAAGUAAACCUAUAAGAGUGUUUUUCAGAACUCAUUCCAUACAUUCCUUUAACCAUCUCCUUUUUAUUGUACACAGCUGCUUGGGCUCCCAGAUGUGGAUGAUGACACUUUCGAAGAAUACAGUGCAGAUGUGGAGGAGGAAGAGCCUGAAGCAGAUCACCAACAGAUGGGUGUUAGCCAGCAGUAAAAAAAACAAAAAACUAGGAUGUUCCCUACAGAUGGGGGGAAAAAAACAUCAAACAAAUCCAAAACAAUAAUAAACGCAUUCUAAAAAUAUAACAAACACAGAAAAUACUCCACCGUGAGCUCUAGUAAAAUAUUUAAAAAGAAGGAAAGAAUACUGAGCAACAGGCCUGUUAACGGAAGGGGGUUCUGUGAGCAAUCUCUUGCUUUUCACUAUUGUUGAUUCUAGAAUUUAGCUUUGUUGCAGACAAUGGUGUUAGAAUUGGAGGAGCACUCCCUAAAAUGAAUGUAGCACGCUGAAUAUUUAGGAUGAAACAAAGGAAGGAUAAAUCAAAGAAAUGUAGGGACUCCUCUAGUGAAUACAGAUCAUGAACAGCGGUAUAUGUUAACUAGAAACUAAACCAUUGUGUUUUUUCCUUCCACCACACCGUAUAGUUAAAGGAAAAUGAUUAGAUAAUUAUUUAAUAGACAUCUCUUUUCAGCACUCCCACAGAUACCGACACAAAGCAUAUGUACAUGAAUGCACCUCUCCUUACAUCCGCUCUGGUCUAUCCCAAAAUAAAGCAUUCUGGGACAGAUCACAUGGGGAUGCUGGGUAAGGUGCAGGUAGGCGCAGGAGUUUCCAACAUCUAUUCCUGCAUUUACUAUGAAACAGGAUGUGGGGAUUUUGUGUGGAUAAGUACUCUUCUAUUGCUUAAUUUUGACUUUGUAACAAAUGGUUAAAGAAAAAUAUAAAUAUCCCAGAACAUAAUUUGAUUUAAAUCCGUUCUAAACCGUUAAAUAUGAUCUGUAGUUUAGCAGGCUGACCAAACACACAACAUUUGUGCUACACAAUCACGGUUCCCCAUAUUUAUAAAUAUUAAUCUACAAUUUAUAGGUGCAGUGUCUUCAAUAACGCAAAAUGUAAACUCAUAUACUCUUGCCACCAUCCUUCUUCUAGAACAGUGAUGCUUAACUACUGAGUCAGGACCCAAAAUUGGGUAGCCAAGCUAUUUCAGAGGAUCCCUACAUUUUAGAAUGAUACAGGAAAGUGGACAAAAUGCCUGUGUGUAGUCACUGUAUUUAAACCGUGCAUGAUGCAAAUGAAAUAAUCACUGAUCCUGAAAGGCUGGAGUCCGCUGUAUAUAACGAACUAGCAAUUUUACAAAACUAGUAGUUCAUUUAAAAAGACCUGCUUAAGACUAAAUGUGGGAUUAAUGUGUUAGCUUAUCCCAUUUUUGGAGCAUCCAAUACCAACUUGGUAGGAAAGGGUGUGCUAUUUUAAUUAAUUAUGUUAUACUUGAUAAGAUAAAGUUUAAACAUUCCAAAAUGGUUCUUUAAUUAGAUUUACUAUUUCUACACCCAAAAUAAAAUGAAAAAAAAUAUUGUAAAAAAUAGCUUUGCCCAUCUAUGUAAUAAUCAAAUAAUUAAUUCUUACACAAAGAAAUGAUAAAAGAUCACCUUAUUAUGGUAGGUCUCCAUUAGUGCACUCCUUAACUCUAAAAUCAUAUUUUCCAUCCUGCUGUUGCGUUCUAUUUUCACUAUUGAAACCAAAUCCUUUCUUUGUGUUCCUAUCUGGUUGGAAGCUCUUUAUCAUUUAUUUGUAGUAGAAUGCUGCAAUCGAUGAGAAUAUUCAGGAAUCUUUCCACUAAUGGAACACAAUUUGUUUAAGAUGUGGGAUUUUAUUUAGGAACCUGCGCUGAUCCAUAAUGCGUAGAAGUUUAUAAUCAACACUUUUGUAGGCUCUGUAAAAAUAUAUUAUGUGUGACUCACUUCCAUUUUGUUCUUUUUACCUUUCCCAAUCAUUUUAAAUUGUAAACUUGCAAUCAAGGUUUCUUUUUUUCAUACUUUUAUUUUGACCUUUUCUGAUUUACAGUGGUUAUACAAUGGGUAUAACCAAAUACUUAGUCCCUUUAACAAGAUGGAGAUAUAGUAACUAAUAAUUGCCACUUAAUUUGUGAUAUUGAAAAGGUGGACACAAUGAAAUUCAAAUUAGAAUUUUUUGUUUUUCUUAAAGCAAAAUUAUGAAAGCAGAUCUUUAAAAUAUUACAUAUUUUAUAAUUUAUUAUGAAAUAUGUUAUCCUGAUCUCUUACGGAAAUAUAUUUGCUCUGUCAGCUCUGCAUUAACCCAUUAAGGAUCAAUAAUGGUCUUGGGUCAGAAUAAUAUGGUCUCAAAGUAUCCAAUUUAGAAAUAUAUAUGUGCCACACUGCAAUUGAUAAGAAAAUGGUCCUUAAGAGGUUAAGGUGGUCAAAUGUUUAGAAACCCUGACCCUUUUAUAGUAACACUAUUGAAAAUUUAAUUAUUUAUAGCUUUGACUAUGCCACUUAUUUUCUGCAAAUAACUCACAAUGCUCUAGAACAAAUAACGUGAGAAGCCAGACAUUGUUAGGUUACACAACGUUCACUGUCUGAGGUAAACUGGAAUUCAGUACACAGAGCAGGAAAAUGUACCUUUACCUAUUUAUUAAAAAAUAUGAGCUAUCACAUUAUUAUUCUACUAUGUAUUGUAUCAGAAUACUUUCCACAACUGGGACAUUGUGGUUGCAUUGUCCAUGUUUGACAUAUUAAUAAAGCAUGCACCCCUUAUUCCUGUUGCUUUACUGCACCACAUAACAAACUCUACAUACAAGAAAAUCAUUUGGAGUUUUUUCACACCUGUGCAUGCAAAUCAACUGUGUUUUUGCAGUGUAUGAAUUAAAGGCACUCAAUUUAAACGUAUUGGAAAGGACUGUCACCUAAAACAAAAUGCACAUCCGUUUCUACAUUGUUUUUUGCGGUUGAUAGGAUUGAUGUGUUUAUUAGGCAGCUCUUCAAAGUAAGCAAUCUUUUGUGUGUUUUAAUGUAGGAUAAUGAUAAUUUCAGAAUUUUGAUCACGAAGAAAGAAUGUAGUAUAGUCCAUACGGAAGAUGAGAUUAUACAGUCGAUAAUAUCAAAUACUUUUGGUUGCACCGCUGAACUAAAUACUAAUAUUACAAUGUAGAGAGCACCUGUGCCUUUGAUGAGCAGGUACAUUAAUAUCCAGUUAAAAAAUAAAAACAGAGGAAAGUGGAUAUUUUACUCUUUACAGAGCAUAUCUGUUAUAUAAGAAAGUUAGAUAUUACAAUUUGGGACAGAAGAUAUGUCCAUUAAUCUCCAUAUAUGACUUUCACUGAUUAGUGCUUAGCAUCCUUGAAAUAUGUUUAGUGAGUCCCUUAUACUCAAGAAGCCAUAGUUUUCAAACAGGGCAAUAUAACUCCAAUAGCCAGAGCAUUUUGCCUAUUCAUAAGGAUCAACAGGACUAAAAUCCUGGCAUCUGAUUUUCCAUCCGUAUCUUUCAUGUUCACAAUCUCAUGGCUGAUGCCUCUGCCAGAUUUAGGAUUUCUCAAACUACUGCUGUAGCAAAGACUUUCUCAAGAAAAAUAUUUGGAAGUGAAUUAGCAUUAUUUUGUGUGUAAACAAAAAAAACGGAUAGAAUGAAAAAAGAGGCUUUUAUGGAUCUUUAUUUUUUAAAAUUUGCUUUGAUUCUAUAUACAUUAAGUGUGUGCAUGAUCAUUUAAUACUUCCAGGUUCGUGGUGCCUCUCAAAACAUGAAAGGUUCACUGUCAUCUUACACUUGAUAGCCUGUUGUACUUAGAUCAUCAUUACAGUUCAUUUCUGAAGUUGCUUCAUUUUUUUGUGUAACGGUUACCAUGCUAUAUGUAAAAAAAAAAAAAAAAUGCUUUGACAAAAUGUCUUUUCUCUGCUCCCUGUAUGUAUCUCAUGUAGACGGAGGUUUGUAGUGGCAUUGCAUGUAAAAGAUGUUUACUUCUAUCCAUGGAUUGGGGUCUUGGUUAAUAAAUCAUCUAAACAUGUCAAUUUCUGCUCUUUGGUUUCAGGGUACAAUCUCUGAUGAAUUAUUAUUAUUACUGGUAUUUACUUGGUUCCUUAACAUGUUUUAAUCAUGCACACAACAAUAUUUAAACUAGGUUUUGGGGUGUACAGUUUGCAUACUUAAAAGGGUUUAAAAUGGAAAUGUCACUUGCCAGGAUUUUUAACAUUAUGGUUACUUAAACUUUUUAAUUUAACAAAUGUGUUUGUAAGGUGUGAACAUUAAAAUUUAAAUGUUGAAAUCGACAUCUGUUUUUACCACUGUUGUGGAAUUGACUGCUCCAUCUUGGCUUCAUGUCAGUCACUGGUUUAAACACUGCCUCUUUCUAUCAUUAAUGGAAUACAUCUAAGCACCAUAACCACUACAGCUCACUAUAGUGGUUACGGUGUCAUAAGUGCUCUGUUACUCCCACCCCAUUCUAAGGAGUCAAAUCUGAUCAUUCUCAGCCAAGGAACCAAGCCCUGCAUUGCAAGAAAGCGAACUUAAGUUGCUGCUUAGGAACGUAUGUCUCUGUGGCAUUAGUAGUGAAAGCAGGGAACGCCGACCAGUGGACCCCAUGUAAUAAGUCAAACCAUUAAAAAAAAAAAA